AUGCCAAAUCAAUCUAUCAAUGGGGAUAACAGAAGUUAACCAAUUUUUAACUGUAGUGAUGAAUGGAAUCUUGAGGGAGGCAAGAGUUACUUCUUCACAAGAAACAACUCAACCUUAGUAGCAUUUAUUGCUGGCAGUCAAGCCCCUGCAAAUGGAGUCUCAUUGUUUAAGAUUAUUGGUUGCCACACUGAUUCACCUGUGCUUAAACUUGCCCCAGUCUCAAAACUCAACGAUAGAGCUGGUUUCUAGUAAUUAGGAGUACUUUUAUACGGAGGAGGUCUAUGGCACACUUGGUUUGACAGAGAUCUUACUCUCGCUGGAAAGAUCAUUGUCAAUGAAGACGGAAAGCUUGUUAGCAAGUACUGGAGAGCUAAUGAGCCAAUUCUGAAGGUACCCAACCUUGCUAUUCACUUAACUGACAGAACUGGCAAAUUUGAGCCAAACAAGGAGAGUCAUACCAAGCCAAUCCUUGCUAGCUCAAUCGUUGAUUAACUUUUUGGAGAGGAGAUUGAAAGUCUUGGAGCUGAGAAAGAUAGAUAUAGAAUUGAGGACAAGCAUUUCAAGACUCUCCUUAACAGAAUUUCUCAGGAUUUAAAGAUUGAGAGAACUCAAAUAGUUGACUUCGAGAUUAAUGUGAUUGACUCCCAGCCAUCAUAACUUGUUGGUCUUCACAAAGAGUUCAUUUCAUCUCCCAGACUUGACAAUCUCGGAUCAUCUCUCGUCUCUCUUGAUGCUAUCAUCGAAGCUAAUCAAAACUAGAAAGAUAAUGCAGAGGUGUCUAUGAUUAUGCUAUUUGAUCAUGAGGAAAUAGGAUCAACAUCAACUCAAGGAGCAGAUUCAAACAUGGCAGCUGUAAUCACUCAAAGAAUCUUCGAAUCACUCUCCCCACAACUUAGAAUGAGUGACUACCAAAGAUCAAUGAGAAGAAGUUUCCUUCUCUCAGCUGAUAUGGCUCAUGGUCUUCACCCCAACUACUCAGACAAGCAUCAACCACAACAUGCACCCAAAAUCCACGAGGGUAUUGUUAUUAAGACUAAUGUCAACCAAAGCUAUGCUACUGAUACAGUCAGUGCUACAAUUAUUAGAGAGUUAGCAGCUAAGGUUGGAGUUCCCAUGCAAGAUUUCGUAGUUAGAAACGACUCUCCUUGCGGUUCCACCAUUGGUCCAAUGAUGGCUGCUAAUGCUGGCAUUAAAACCUGUGAUAUUGGAGCUCCAAUGCUAGGCAUGCAUAGUAUCAGAGAGACUUGCGGAGUCAUUGAUCUAGUCUACUACCGCAAAUUGUUCCUUUCAUUCUUGGGUGACUACUCAACAGUCUCUAAUUCUCUACUCUCAGAAUGA